CGUGUCUCGAUAUUCACAUUCUCAGGCUGAGUUAAUGCGCUGGAUGGAUCUCGGACAUGUCCACUCGACGCCAAGAGACAAGAUCGAGGUGGGGAUGUAUGACAUGUCGCUCAAGAAGAAAAAAGUGCUCAGAAGGACAGCCGAGCUGUCAACUUUGUACAGAGCGGGGCAUAGAAUGCAUCUAUCCAGACUGGACGGCAGUCAAAUUCUCUCAAACUCGACAACGGAGGCGGCAGCUUCAAGAUGCCAACAUCGGCCGUGCAGUUGCGCGACCCACAUUGCUCCCAGCACAACCGAGCAACCAUGAAACGCGAUUUAUCUUCCAUUUCAACACCAUUCUAGCGAGCCUCAUCAGUUUUUCUUUUCCACAGGCGGGCACUCCAAAUCCGUUUUUACAGCAUGUUUUGCCACGAACCGCAAGUUCUGUCCAGGUCCAGUAUGCAGUUGAAGCCGUUGCUGCGGCACACCUUUAUCAUCUUGGCGCCGAGUCUGGAGAUCGGGCGACCCAGCUACAUUCGAAAGCUUUGAAUUUACUGGCAGUGGAAUUAUCACGUCCACAACUAGAUGAGACCUCACGCAUGAACUUGCUAGCUAGCAGUCUGUUAUUGAUAUACUAUGAGAUUGUGCUGGGGAAUUCGGCAAGCAAUGCUUGGUGUCAUCUUCAGGGCGCAAAGGUUCUCUUGGAAUGCCACCGCACCACUCCCGAGCCCCCGUUCUUCUCAUUCUUCCGCAAGAUUUUCCAGUACUUCAACGUGAUGCUUGCUCUUUCGUUAGAAAGACGACCACUCCAGAUCAAUGGCGACCCCGGGCCCGACUUCACUGAUCACAUGGACACGGUCUUUGGUUGCACAGCGACCCUUUGGCCGUUAAUGCAUCGCCUAGCCGAUCUCAUUGGUCGCGCCUGCUUGGGCGGAGACAUAUCCAACGAAAGUAAAAUUUUGAUGGACAGGCUGCACUCGUGGUCGAUUGAAUCUUCGCCUAGUACAGAUGCCUACACCGAGGCGAUGGUCCAGAUUGCGCGAUCCUACAAAUAUUGUGGGCUCUUAAUGCUUCGACAAGCUGGUGCGUCCGAGGCGCCCGAGUACUCUACGCUUCAAGAUGAACAAAUAUACAGGUCGGCUUUUGACAGUGUUCUCAGAGUGUGUGUCUUGUCGCUUCCAAUGGCUACGUUGACUUGGCCGCUCUACGUGGUUGGAAAACUUGCUUCUUCGACCAGUGAUCGCACUGUUAUUUUGCAUAUUUUCUCGCAGUUUCUGGAGAAGCACCAUAUGAUGGUUGUUGAUGGUGCUCGGGCAGCUGUACAGGCACAUUGGCAGGAGCCGCAACCCGGUUGGCAGCAAUCGGCCCCAGUGUUGCUUGGUUGAUAUGUUAUGUAAAUUCAUUCUGGUGUUUUUAAUAGGUCCGAAG